CACCCUGUGUGUCUGUGUGUUCAGUGUCUUUGUGUGGUUGCUGCGGCAGCAACAGUUUGAGGACGGAGCUUUUAUGAAGCGUCACUGCGUUCCUCUGAGAGCCGACCACGACCUGCUGACCCCCGACACACUGUCGGGGGUCAGGUUACAUCCUGUCCAGGUGAGGUCGGAGGGCAUGGCCUCUUUAUCGGGACAUCUGAGUGACUCGUCCAGCAGCAAAUUGGCUGUUGGCACAACAAGAAGACGCCCCGCGGCAGCGUCUCCAACCCGCCGUCUCCGAUUCGAGGAUGAGACAGAGACUGAGGCAGAGUCUCGUUACCUGGAGCGACAGAGAAGACGGGUGGGGCAUCGAGGGACAGGUAUCCUGCUCUCUAAACCAGAUCUGAACCUGUACGUCAACGGCAGGGCAGGGAUGAAGGGGGUGCGGCCUGUUGUUGACAGACAGCAGAGAGAACUGAUGCCAGCAGGAAGGGUGGAUCAGUGUGACUCCUGUGGGACAGUUUUAGGAGGUGAAAUCAACCUGAACCUCCGUCUACAACCACAUACACCUGAAGACUGGGGCCGGAGUCUGUACAAGCCCAGCCUCAACCUACGGACUGAGCCAAUCAGAGAGACCUACAUUGGCUCCAUCACAGCUGGUGAGACCAGUGGUGGAGGGGGUGGGGAUCGAUGUGUCAUGAACAACCAGCUGAGGAAGAGGACCAAUCAGGUGGAACUUAAUGAAAACCAGGUGACUCCCCCUCCGGCCACGCUUAACACAGACAGGCCAAUCAACCCCUACGCCCCCAACCAGCUGACCACUCCUAAUCAGCCCUCAGAUCUAACCUCGCCCAUCUCCAAAUGCCCCUCCUUCUUGUCUCCUCCUGUGACAUCAGCAAUGAUGUCACAGAUCAGGCUCAAUGGCACAAAGGCAGGGAAGAACCUGAACCAGAACCAGGAGGAGUCCCACAGAGAGCUCCGAUCUCGGGCAGAUUUGAAGGAGAGGAGCCCCUGUGUGGUGGAACAAGGUCUGGAUCUCAGGACGAAGAACUCCUUCUCCUCACUGAGGACCUCAGAGUCAACAGCAGAGUGCCAAGCUCCGCCCACACCAGACAGCAGCAGCGAUGAACAGAUCAUACAGCCAAUGACAGCAGAACUUCACAGUGAUGACGCCUCACUUCCUGAACACUUCAGAAGAAAUCAAUCCUCUCGUCUUUCGCUGCGACAUCUUUUCUCCACUGUCAGACUGAGCAGGAGUCGGACCAGCAGCCUUGACCGCCUCAGCUCACGCCCUGACUCCUCAGCAUCUGACCUCAUCCCCUCUGAAUCUGACCCCGACCUCUUGUGUCGCAGGAAGUCCUCCGGUCUGCUGAAGAAAACCCUGUCUGUUCAGUUGCUCAGUGUGCAGGGGUCACCUUUCUUGCAGUUGAGAAAGUCGUCAUCAGUUCAAAGUUUCGGGUCAGAACAGAAGAAGAAGAAGGAUCGUUCAGCUGACUACAGACCAGCUGCUGAGCAGUUCCUGCAUCGGUGUCUCAGUCUCGAGGAUGUUGGUUGCCCAUCUUCAGUCCGUUCUGUUGGUCGAGUUCUUCAGGUUUGUUCUGAUGGAACGUUUCUGUUGGAGGUCGGUCAACUGAAGAACCGACUGUAUGGAUUCAUAAUCAGCAGAGGGAGAGGACGCCCCGACUCUGGUGUAUAUGUGGAGGACAUGGUGGACAGCAGCACUGAGAAGUUGUACGCUGGCCUGCUGGAGGUUGGAGAUGAGAUCCUGGAAGUAAACGGGGAGAAGGUGGCCUGUCUCAGUCUGGACCAGGUGACCCACCUUCUGACCCAGAACACUACGGCAACCAUACGGGUGCUCCGGCACAGGAGGACAAUUCCACGGUGAAUGUAGCACUGACCGAUUACAACCACUAUAUACCACUAUACUAUCUGAGGGUAACUACCUGAACCUUACUUCAAACACCUUUGAGAACUAAAACUCCAGAGCACGUUGAUAACAAAUUGAACUGAACUGAUGAUUCAUGAUGACUCAUUAUGAUCACCUGUGUUUACCUGUGAAAUGACUAGUAGUUUAUAAGAGAGCUACAGAUGUGAUGAACAUUUGUUUUUAAGUCUGUUGUAACAUUGAAACAUAAAGUUCAGUUUGUUUUAAGGAAAAA